UACCUCUUCCUGGCUACCUUUCAUCUCUACGGUAUAUAAUAGAGUCCUACAGCUUUCUUUAGUUAGCAACUCAACUUGUUUUUCCAACUGCUACGCAGUAGCUGCUGCUUUUUAUCAGUCGCCGGCGUCGUGCUUUGAGGUGGAGGCCGGUUCCAUGGAACACACGGAAAGUCAGAGUUUGAAUUGGAAUUUUUACUCUUCACCCGUGUCGCCGUUUGGUAAAGGAUUUUUUGAUGAUGUCACGUUCACCGAUAACGGAACAGACCUUUUGCAGCCUGCCGACACGGUUCCAACUUGCUCAGCAUCGAUGAUAGUACCCAUGCCGUCGUUUCCAGAUGGGGUAGCAAACACUAACCCUAACGAGUUGUCACAGCAGAUUAAUUCUUCUGACAACUCUCAAAGAGACGUUGAAGGCGGAGUUGUCUGUACUGAACCAGAUCCAAAGCACUUGGAUCAUGCUGGUCAAGCUUCAAAUGGACGAAUUCACAAGGAUGAUGAAGCAAGGAUGCCACCAUUGGGAGACGCCAAUAGCCAAGAGGGAACAUCAUCUAGAGGUUGCAAUGAAAAGAAGCGAAAGGGUCCCCAACUCGAAGAAGCGGAGCAAGCUCAAAAACAGAAAAAAAGAGAAGCUGAUAAGAUUUAUCGGGCGAACCGUAAGGAGGAGUAUGAAAAGCUGAAAAAGAUACAGACAGACUACGAAAACCUACUGAAAAGAGUAACAAAAUGUGGAGGGAUCGACCAAAUCGAGUCAGUGAUUAACCACAAUAAUCACAUCAACUCUGAGUUACAGAAAUCAAUUGGAACCGAGCUUGGUCCACUACAGCAAAUGGAGUCCAGGUAUGGAGGAAUUGAUAGAAUGAAGUUCAUGUUGGACAAAUUUAAGGAAUUGGAGGCCAAGUAUGGAGGAAUUGAGAAACUGGAAUCCAUAUUGGAGAAAUUCGUGGAUAUAGAAGCUGACUCCAAUAAACUAAAUCAGAUAAAAUCUAUGUUGGGGAUUAAUGAAGCAGAGUUCAUAGUGGACAAGUUGAAGGGAAUGGCGGACGACUUACAUAAGUUGGACCAAAUAAAGUCAUUAUUUGGCGGAAUUGAUGAAACCGAACCCGCAAUAAAUAGAAUUAAAAAAAUGGAGUUGCAGUUGGAAAAGCAGAAGCCAAUGGUUAGCCAAAAGGAAGUUGAAUCAUUUCAGGCAUCUCCUGGUAGUCCACCGGAGAAGAGCGGAUCGCAGCCACUGGACUUGAUAGCCGACUUUGACAAUGUGCCAGAUAAUCUAAAUUUCUUUACCACUGUGAGUGGGACAGCCCCAAACAUGCAGUACAAUGAUGAGGAUGUGGAUCGUCUCAUCGCUCGAAUUACUGAUGAAAACAUUCCGAGCGACUUGGCCACCAAUAGCGUCGGGGAUUUAUUAGGAGGGGCGCGGGAAAGGGUUAACAAAUACGAAAUCCCGUCGUUGCUGGUCUCCACUGCUCAACAUAUUUUCAACGACCAUGGUGAUAUUACGAGAAAAUGUAAAUUGAGUGAUCUUACUGUUCAAACUAUAUUUGUUUUGUUUUGUGCUGCUAUCAAAGAGAUGGUUGAUUUGUCCCUUGAAAAUGUGAAUGUGGAGAUUAUAUGGAAGUUGAGACAUCCAAUCAUGGAUGCUAAACGCAUCGAAUUUGACGCCGAAUUUGCCAUGAAACGUUUAAUAACAAUAGUUCAUGGUUACUUUGGUCUCAAAGCUCGCCAGGACCGACAUAAAUUGGAACGAUGGGUAGCAAGUCUAAGGGCAGAUGACGAAACCUUGAGAAAGGGACUUGAAAAGAAGUCUCAAGAGAUACAAGACACCGAAGCCAAACUGAGACGCCUAGAAUCUCACAAAUGCAAGAUUUGCCUGGAAUCCAUGGAAAAAUUUGUGGCAAAGGAUUUAAAAUCUGUAACGCUUAGUCUGAGCCCAGUAGCCUCCAAUGAGACGUGAUUGUUAUAGGUUUUGGUGCAAAUGCACUAUUGUUAUACCUUUGAAUGCAUUUUAACUUUUUGGCCAUUAAAAAUUUUGAUCGUAAUAGACUUGAAAUUUUAGACUGAA